CGCUAGGCACCGUGGCCGCGUCAGCUGUUACAUCACAACAACAACAAAAGGAGGGCGAGACAGCUGAUCCGCCUCACUCCCUCGCUGACCGCCCGCCGCACCACGCACCGCCACACUCCCCAAUAUGUCCCUCAUCACGCAGCAGGGCGCCUCCGGGCCCACAGUUAAACUUGUGGAGACGGACAGCGCCCCGGGCGGCCACCAGCUGGUGAACCCUUACCGGACCAACAAGGUGGACAAGAUGGACCUCGUGGCCAUGGCGCAGGAAAUACAGAAGGCUGACUCCUUCGUGCACGCCAACGUCAGCAACAAGCUCCAGGUGAUCGCUGAGCAGGUACGGUUCCUCCAGGAACAGGCCAGGAAGGUGCUGACAGAGGCCAAGACCAACGCCGACCUCCACCACGUCGCCUGCAACCUGGUCAAGAAGCCCGGCAACCUCUACCACCUGUACCGCCGACAAUCAGGCCAGCGCUACCUCUCCCUGCUCAGCCCUCAGGAGUGGGGCGCCUCCUGCCCCCACGAGUACCUGGGGACAUACCGGCUGGAGGCUGACCAUUCCUGGACGCCGGAGGAGAAGUUUGAAGAGAGGACCAACGACCAGCAGAUGAUCAACAAGAUUCUUACCUGCUCCAACAGCUUAUCAAUAACCAUGGACUAGGGGCACCAUGAGUGUACUGUUUACUGUGACUCCCUCAAGGUGACUGUGGUCUACUGCAGCCCAGGCCCCGCCCCGCCUCGCCCCCCGGCUGCCCCAGUGACUCAGGCCAGUGAGUGUUUGGUGAAUGGGCUUUCGCCUCACCAAGACUGGACCUUAGUGAAUAUGAAUAUAAUAACCUACUUUGUUGACCUUGUGUACACUGGGAAAUGACAGUGUGAGUGACAGUCUUGCUGGAACCUUUAUUAUAAAGUAAACAAAGGCUUUGGCAGUUUAAGUGCUGAGCAUCAGAGAAGUGAUGCAGACCCACCUGUGCAGUACUACCAGCCCCAGCAGCCAAGGCAUGCUGUGCUUCCCCUACACUGAGGAACAGAAGAGGAAUUCUUAUUGUACACAAUAAAUACACUGCCCAUCCAACAUGCCUCCUACCACCGGCAUACCUCCUACAUAUACCUUUAAAGUAAUUGUGACUGCAACGUUCAGCAGUACAGACACUGUGAAGCACUGUGCAAAAUCAAUACAUUAUAAAUAUUAA